AUGGCUCCAUUCUACGAGCCGGGCAAUGGUCAUUACGACCCGCCGGUGCAGGCAGCGCAAGUCGCGUCCGCCAGUCUGGUACAGUCUCCCUCGGCCGGUAUCUUGCAAUACGAAGAGAGUGCUCCUUCUGAGGUGAGUGUGUGUAAAACGACUCCUGACAUUUCUAUUAUUACCGCCGUCGGCGCUUGAAGGCUAUGACAGCGGUAAACAAGUUCCUGCUUCUAUUAGGGUGAAAAACGGAGCGGCGGCGACCCAGGUUCAUUUAUUAACUUCUCGGAAAAUUCCGCGGUCCAAGACAUCAUUUUUUGAUGGAAUAAGACAUGCGUAUUCUCCGUCUACGACGGAAAAAAUAAGGAAAGCUAGGUGAAUAUUUCACCGCGCACAUGAAGAAAGGCUAACAUUUCCGCUGAAGGGCUGGGGUAAACAAACAUUCUUUGUUGUUCGUUUAUUCGACUAGAAUAAUCCGCAAAUCUGCCAAACGCAACUUUGUAGGCGUGAAAAUUUGUACACACUAGUUAGGCGAAAAUUUAACGUGCCGAUUUCAAGAAAAAGAAGCCGGUUUACUAUUUCUAUUCGUAUUUUGACGGAAGCAAAACGUGCACGAUGUGGUUUCCCGAGAAAAAACGCUAAUUUCCUGCUUAAGCAAGGCUGUACGCUUGUUUCAUUUUAGGUUGUGAAUGUGCAGGACAACUAUUACAUCAAUUCGGACGCAUAUCAAGGGGACUCGAUGGAGGAUGCGAGCGUGAUGACCGAGUUUGAGGAGAUGUUAAUAAAGGUAUGACUGCUUCGAGAUAAUCCCUCUUUUGGUUGCACUUGGUGGUUUAACACUCUCAGUUUCUCAGCACAAAGAAACGUACUAAACGUAUAAAUUUUAGGUCAGCUUCUUGGCCGGCUAUGUGUACAUGUUGUUGGCAGUCACGGGUAUUAUUCUCAACGCAUACGUAAUCUCCAGAUUAAUACAACUCGCAAUAAACGACUAUGUAAGUUUUGAUUUCAGAUUUAAUGAAUAUUAAAUAAGUCAAUCUUUUCUGCAGGCUUUGAUACUAUGAAUCCCACGUUUAUCUUGUCCCCUCGAUAAACAAUUAAAAAGAUUAAUCCAUAUGUUUUACGGACAAAGGGGGGAUAAUGGGAAUUCUUUGAAAAAUAAAAUCCCACGCUUUAGGAACUGCUUAUACCAGAAUUUUACACGACGAAAUAUAUUGCUCCAACCAUUUUUAGGAGCGUUUCAAACAUGGCUGCGGACUGCCGUUGGCCGCAAUGUCAAUGUCCGACCUGUGGUCGUUGGUGUCGAUUAUUGCGGCCGUAGUGCUUAGCGGGUUUUUACCGCCUUCGGUGCUGUCGGCGUCUGCUCAUUCGGCGCAUUGCAAGAUUACCAUUUACCUCAUACACACAUUGACUGGGUUCAGCACAUGGUGCUGGCUGUUUAUUUCGGCUUUACGGUACAUUGCGGUCUACCAUCCCCUAUGGCAUAUCAAAGGGAGUGCGCUGGACAUCCGAACAGUGCUUUUAAUGUUACUGUUCGGCCUACUGAUCAACUGUUGGCUUCCAAUGGUGGUGGUUUCGUCGCCCGAAUCCGGCACCUGCGAAGAGCAACCGCUCAGUCUGGGUGCGGAUUGGAACCGAUUCCUCCACGGGAUAGAGCUGUUUUGGUCGUACAUUCUGCCCGCCGUCCUUACACUGGCGUUGGACGUGCGAGUGAUAUUCGUCCGACCACCCAGCUUCUCCAAAAUGGCCCAAAAAAGACGCAAGGAUUUUGCAUCGAGAAAAACGCCGCUUCCAUUAAGACAAACACUGAGUGAUGGUUGGUCGCAAGCGGAGGACAAAUUUCGAGGUACGAAGAAAACACUUUCGCGAAAAAGCGAUGAUGUUCCAUAAUCUAUUUUAAAAUUUCUCAAUUCCAGGAUUCUGUUGUUCUCGCUGGAUUCGCCAGAAACUCACAAAGACACCAAGGAUCAGCAUUGUAAACGAAGACGAGGAAAAGAAGCAGAUUGAAAACCCGGACUUCCAACUCAAACUGACGCACUUGCUCGGGAACGUUGGACGAGCACGAACCCUGACAAACUCCACUUGGAGUGCGCAGUCCAAUGCGACCGCAGCGUCGUCAGUUACCGCCUCUCCAUCGGGCCUACCGCGAACAGUCGCUUAUGCGCAACACUCUUGGCAGUCGACUUGCUCACACACCGCUGGUUCCACGAAACGAGGCCGGAAGACUGUGCGAAGAUGGCUGGCCAUUACGACCGUCCAUCUGCUGCUGAAUGCACCCGACAGUACCUAUCGAUUGGCAAGUGUGAUUGGAACAUCGUAAGUCACUUUUGACGCUUGCCACUUCUCUCAAGACUGCCGCAUGGACGCAAAACUAAACUACACAUUCCAGGCCAUCACCAAACUCUCCGACCAGCCAUAUUAUAGCGUUAGUCGUGCGUCUGCUAUAUUUCGCGCAAUUCUGCUUCAACGCCGCUUACUUGACAGCAAUUGUAUACAAACGAAAUGUCAGACCAAAGCCUAGACAGACAACACCAAAGCAUUCCACAACCUAUCUCAGAGUUCACCCGGAAUUCAGCAGGCCUCAGGUAAGCCACGUUUCCAACACAGUAAUCCAGUGGCAAAAAACGUACCAUUUCGCAUCCGGGAAGUAUCAAAAAUGUGGCAAAAUGCUUCCUUCUCCAAGCGAAAAAACUCAGAUUUCAAAAGCGCACCCGCUCAUUUUGUGAGAUAAAGGGAGCGCCCUUCAAACCGAAGUUUUUUCACUUGGAGGGGCAAGCAUUUUCCCACAUUUUUAAUGCUUCCCGGAUGCAAAAUGGUUCGUUUUUUGCCACUGGAUAAGGUCCCUCACUGUAUAUGCAACAGUGUCCUCAAAACCGGUUUUAAAAUAUAAAUCCGAAUUUUUCAGACCAGAAUAGGAGUUCCUGAGGGCUCAGUGCGACAUAAAAAGAAGCACGAAGACCUAAAACGUCGCUACAGCCAUGAUCCUCGAGGUGCAAAGAGGCUGACACAGCACCUCAACGUGAACCAGCCCCUAUUGAAUGCGCCGACGAUGCCACUCUCCUACUCGACGGAAACCUUCCGCUCCGAAGAACUCGAGCUCACAACCAGCAUUUAUUCCGCAAAUACCUCACCCAGAUCUCCGUCGACGGAGCCGAGAAACGAGUACGUCGAGGAGAAAUGCCAUUCCGGCUCCAGUGGGCGUACGUCGGCCGGGCUUUUGACGUACGCGUCGUCGGGUGCGGCAACGCCCUGUCACGGCAGUCGGGCGUCCAGCUCGUUGACGAACAAGAAAGACGAGGAGUGGCAAGAAAACAAGUGCCAUAUCGAGGCCACCACGGCCAAUUCCUGGCGGGUUUAG